AUGAGUUACACGGCCUCUCAGACAUGGUUGUCGCACGAGACCAAGGAGUUCGAGGCCUGGGUAAAAGUCAGAGACUCUAUGGUGCGUAUCGCCCCAAAAUCACCGUUCACACCGAAAUCCUUUGUGGAGUGGAUUGCCCAUAGACUCGCGAGGAUGGAGGAGGAACGUAGCCGUAUUCUCAAACAAGCCAAGACAAAACGGACGUCCGAGAGAGGGAGUACAGAGAAAACCUUCGUGAACCCGGUAUUUGGAGGAAAGGAACUAUCCGAUGGACUGGCCUUAGUCCUCUUAAGAGAGACAAUUUGGGUGCCCCUGGGCCAAUAUCCCGUCACACAUAACAUUGCACCUUGGCCCAGCCACGAGGAGCUCAAGCACGAGGGUGACGACAGGAACAAAUCCGGAUACUCCCGAUUUCCUCCAUUGCCACGCGGGCCCGGGAAUGAAACCGUCAACUGGAAGCAACGGCCGCCACUAACGCAAUGUUCCUUCGACGAAGUCGGCCGACCAAGGCCAGGAGUAGAAAGUUACAAAACUCAGUAUCUCCAAAGCGAGAUGGUUGAGUGGAUUGGUAACGCUCUACUGGCGGAGCUAGACAUGUAA